GUGGACUGGCCGCCCUACUGCACAUCUAAGUUCCACACCACGAGCGAGGAGUUUGAUUUUGGCACGCCACGUUCUUUUUCCAUUCAAGAACUUCUGUCCGAUCCCAAAUACAAGCUUGGCACCAUUUCAGGGACUUUACAUGUGAUGAAAGCGCCGAAAGGCCAAAAAAGUGGCUUGGCUGGCAACCUUAUCAUGGCAACGCCGGACUUCGUUGAGAUAGAUGAGUUGCGAUACAUCAAAACCGAUACAGAAUUCACAAUCAAGGAACCAGUUUUGAAAGAGACUGACGCGUACCGCAGCUCGGUUUGCUUGCGAAUCGAGUUCUAUCUCUACGUCUCAUCAGGCGUGCGUCUGAAGAAGCUUGGGAUUCAUGCCCAUCACUUGUCAGUAAACAUUUAUGACGGUGUCAACUUUGGAGUAACGGAUAAAACCACUAUUCAGCUCAACGCAGGAUCCCUUGAUGCCCGUCCUUUUGAAUCUAGGGAGAUUACGAUUGACAUUGGGUCUGGAGCUGUGAGCGGUACUUACGCUCUCAAGGACCUCCUAUCCAUAAAGACUAAGAGCGGCGCCAUUACUGUGGAUGUAGAGCCGAAGGAGGCAGACAACGACCAUCUAGCUCCUGCUGUUUUUCGCGCGGAGUCUCUCUCUGGGCUCGUGAAAGUAAAAUUCGACACUUUUGAUAUACCGGCCCGGGACUACAAGACUACUAUCAACUCCAAAACCGGCUUAGUUUCGGCAGUGUUGAUCCAUGGUUCUUCCACCGAUAUUGAAGUUGGUACAGGAUCUAUUACGGCCGAUAUAAUCCCGUUCGAAGCUGACGCUGGCCCGUCAACUCUUUAUACAAACACGAGAUCGGGAAUGACGAGAUUAACCUUGCAAGCUCCCUACAAGAAUUCUGGCACGACUAUAUCAAGACUCACAAGCUCGCACAAAGGAUUAUCUGGGGCCAUGGUGCUGGGGUAUCCCCAGGAGUGGGAGGGCGCUAUCCAUGGGGGAACCCGCAGCGGGAGCCUUAGCCUUCAUGGAGAAGACGUGGAGAUCAUCCAUCUUGGAGGUGGAUACACGGGCAAGACGGUGAAGGCAAAGAAGGGAAGCGGGAACAGUAAAUUGGAGUUCGACACAAUGUCAGGGAGCGUAGACAUUACCGUUGGGAGGACAUGA